AGGGGGCACCUGGGGUGGCUCAUCAGAUUUUUAGAGGGCCGAUGCCACCCCUUGGUGUUCCUAAUGAAGUGACUAAUUAUACACUCUUAAUGGUGUUAAACACGCGUGGAAUGACCCUUAAUGAGAAACGUAUAAAACUUUACUAACACCAGGUAAACACUGGGUCAGGUGUGCCAAGAAAUUUGGCGUACGCUGUUUACCAUGAAAUAACAAUGAGUCAUUAAUACCUAAUACCCUCCCAUCCUGUUGAUUUAGGACUCAUCACCGAAUCUGUCAGAUAUUCAAUGUGGAGAAUGUCAGUCACUUCCUCCGCUGGGCAGAGAACUAAGGCAAACGGAGUUGAUGCGUACGACAGCGGCGAUGAUUGGGAGAUCGGACUCGGCGAUCUGAUAAUCGACCUGGAAGCCGAUUUGGAAAAGGAUCGCAGGAAAUCGGAGAUGAAUCGCAUUCUGACCGUAAAAAGUCCCGUGGAGGAUCUGCCGUUCGGUGUUGCAGCGGAAAGCACCAGCGCCGGGUUCGAUGGCCUCGUGAGUCCCGCCGCCAAUUUCUGUACUGAGGUGAGGAGAUUCAAAGAGAAGCGGCGCAAUUCAUGCGCGAGCGACGGCGGCGACAAAUCACGGUCGCUCGAGCCGCCGCCGCGCGCGGUACCCAAAGUGUGCAUCGCUAAGCGGCGUGAGGCUCAAGGACGCCCCGGAGAGGUAUUCGAAAUGAAUUCGUGUGAUGCAAACGCUCCUUGCGCCAAAGGCAAAGAGGGCAAGAGAGGAAAACAUCAAAGCAAAGGACUUAAAAAAGAAAAGGACUGCGUGCGGACGCGUAAAGAGAAGCACGGAGAAGGAUUUGAAUUCGAGAAUGCUCGUUCUUUCGGGAGGACCGAAGAGAGCGCGUGCUAUUGUGCAAACGGAGGAACGGCGGUCAUGGACAGGGACGAAAUGGACGCAAAGGGGAUAAGGGCUAGUGCUUUUGUUGUGGAUGAGGAUGGAGGGAGCUGCGAGCGAGAGCCCAACCACAAAACGUUAAGUAUAAAAACCAGGUCAGUGGGGACCAAUACACAAGAAGCUGAAAGAGCUGUUGAGUCAAACUACAUGGAGCCGUGUCAACCAGGAACAAGCGUAAAUCUGGAAGGGAUUGUGUGGCAUGAAACAGAGGAAGGGGUGCUUGUUGUGAAUGUGACAUGGAGAAAAAGGACCUAUGUUGGAACUCUCUUAGAUUGUACCAAGCAUGACUGGGCUCCCCCUCGGUUUUGUGAGUCUCCAAUAAGUGAUUCUGAAAUGACAUGUGGGCGGGGACGUGGUAAACGGAUGAGAUUGGCAGUGUCUGAUCAGCCUGUGACAGAACCUGGCCUCUCGAAGAUAAGAGGACUGACGCAUAAGAGACGUGGCAUGGGCAUAGGCAACAAAGGGAGAAGAGGAAGUCUAAACUUUAGUACCUGUAGGACCCCUACAUACUUUUCAGUAGAGGACAUUAAGUCAAGUUCACUUAUGUGUGGUAAACGGAUAAGCAAAGCUCCGCCUGAUCUAGAUUUGACCUUAGUUUCUGAGGACAUUAGAAAUGGAAAUGGAAAAAGAAUUCGCACCAAAUCUAGGAGUGCUCCAUCUACUCCACAGGGGAAAUCUGAUCCAUUGUUUUUGGACCAGGUUUGUGCCUCACCAAUGUUAAUUGACUGUCCACACCCUAACUGCAACAAGAAAUACAAGCAUAUUAAUGGGCUUCGCUAUCACCAAUCACAUGCACACUUGGACAGCAACAGCAAACAAGAGUUUGAGGCAGAGAGUGAGGACCGACUUUCUGAUUAUGAUGAAUCACUCAGCAACAUGCCCCUUGAUUCCAGUGAGAAUCUCGAUAUUAUUUCCAAGAAGCCACGAACCAUGUAUAAGCUUAAUUCUAGUGGAUCUUUAAAGAACAGAAAGUUAUUACUCACCACUGAUCACAGUCCCACAGCAAACUCUAAGCAAAGAAGGAAUGUAAUAGGCAAAGAGGGACCCACUGAUGACUUAAACAAUCUGCCACUUAUAUCAAACAUGUCUGUAGUCCUUGAGAACUGCCUUAUUACUGAUCGUAACUCAUCUAUAGAAAUGCCCAAACUUGAGGCGGAGGGUGUCAUUGAUAAGAGGGAAGUUAAAAAGGAAAAUGGAGUAGCUGAAAGGUGCUCAGCCAAAACUAGGACCAACAGGUUUAUUGUUACUACACCUGCACCUCCAAAGCUUAUUGCUAUUCCUACAUUUCCUAGUAAAGCCACAGAUGGCUCCUCUCAUCAAACUUCACCAUCUGUUGCUAUCACAAAAACUAAGAAUCUCUCACUGAAACCCAUCAAGCCAAAAUUGGAUAUUGUUGCACAAGUUAAUAUGGCAAAUGCAGCCGUAGUGGUAAGUAAGGAAAAUAGAAGAAAGGAGAAGCACAGGCUAAAGGAUAGAAGUUAUAAAGAUUCAAGAAGUCCAAAAGCUGAUCCUGCUUUCAUAAAGGCUGAUGAUAUAAAAAGUUUAGGAAAGGACUUACCAGUAAGCUUAUUAAAAGAGCACCUGAGUAAGCAGGAUGUUGUUAACGGUCUUAGUGAAACUCAAGAAAGUCGAAUGGCAAGUAUCAGAGCUGAGGCUGACAAGGUGUACACUUUUACUGACAAUGCACCAAGUCCCUCAAUUGGGAGCUCUGCAAGAAUGGACUCGGGCACACUUUCAAACUGUGACAGUAGUACCACCAAGACCAACAGUCCAGCAUACUCAGACAUAUCAGAUGUGGCAGAGGAUGGUGGUUUAAUUUCUAGAUCAAGAAGAAACUCAGCUCCUGAUUCAAAUCUAAAUGGAAAUAUCAAUUCCAAGAUUGCAAUUAAUUCUGUCACUACAGUCCUGGGAAAAGAAACUCAGGCAUCAACUCAUGGCCAUGGCUAUGAAUCUUACGGUCUUCCAGGCUACAUGCAUUCUGGACAAGGAAACUCAGCUGCUUUCUUAAAGGUUUCAACACCUUAUGCUAGAACAAAGGAGGAUGUUCGAGAGUUAAGCGAGGAUCUGAAAACCUCAGAAUCAAGUGCUGAUUCCAGUUCUCAGUCACAGCUUCAAUUAGCUAUGACACAAACACAAACUGCUUUAGCUCAGUCCUUGUACUAUGGACAGUAUACUCGUAAUGCUCCUAUAGACCAGAAGGUUUUGAUGGUUCCGAACAAUCACAGGCAGCAGAAUGAAACAUGCUGUGAUGAUGUACAAUGCAACAAACAUAGCAGAGUUCAAGCCAGACGUGGAUCUGAGCAGAAAGAACGAACAAAAGAGGAUACAAAACAGAUGAUAACAUCAUCUGUGGCCAUUCAUAAGGGAACAAACUCGGUUAAAAUCAGCUGUGCAAAACCCGGUUUCAUCUAUGUAGAGUUGGACAAACAGUUAUCUCUUCAGCAACCCCAGGUGAAAUCUUCUAUUAUGUCACUAACAAAAGACCAGUUGCUUAACAAGGAGUCUGAAGACUUCAACUCAGAAUGUCAAAAUGCAAAAACAAAUGUGGAUACAAAUGUAACAUAUCUAAAUGCUUCAGAAUCACAGUCCUGGAGCCACUCAUUUCAGUCCAAAUAUGUGAAGCAGCAAAAUCAAGAGGUAAACAAGGUCUCUCAGGAAAUAGGCCCAGACAAGGGGAAAGACUGGCAUGUGUCUCCUGAGCCACAGCCCAGACUGGAGGCUGAACUUCAAAAUGUACAUUGUGAGACACCUUCUGAGGACAUCGAGGAGAGCACCAGAGCUGAAAUGGAAAAGACACCUAGUGAAACCUCUGAAAACCCACAGAGCACAAGAGUGGCUGUGUCGUCUUCUCAACAGUCUUACAUCCAGUACCAGCACUCUUACCCAUACCUACAUCUGUGUGAGACAAAUAACACAUCAUUUAGUGUGAUGUCGCCCGCAUUGGUGCACAACUAUCCAGGUUUCCAUUAUCCUCUAUAUGGAAAGACACCUGAGAGGGAGGAAUCAACUGGAAUGCAGCACAGCAAGUCAGUUUCUGACCCUACAGACAUUGAGCUGCUGCCACCUCAUAGCCAUCCAUACCAUGGGAAAUGUCCUGUGCCUGGGGAGCCAGGAGGUACUGAACAGGAGGACAGGGACACAGAGCGCGAGAGAGAAACUGUUCCAUUUGCUCACCACCUUCACACACAUCAUCACACUCAUCUGGGCAUGAGCUACUCUCUUGUGUCGGGGCAGUAUGACCAAUUUCAAGGUCUGAGUACAGUAGCAAUGUAUACCAGUCAGCAAGUGGCAACCACACAGACCACUUCUUGUGGUAUGUAUGGCCUUAAUGCUUGACUGGAAAUAGCUACAGUCUGCUUAGCAGGUGUUUUGUGAAUACUGAUUAUUCAUUUUACAAUUGCAGAGAAUGAUGGGAAGAUGUGAGUUCAAACUACAUGUUCCUGGCUCACACAAGGACUCAUAGACAUCAAUUCCAUGGUGUUAUUCAUUGCCUCCAUGUGAGGCUACUUUCAUUUUUUAAUGAAUGAAUGAAUGUAACAUUAGAGGUACAAUGCAGUGCUAAUAACAUGAAAUACUGUAUAAGUAUGUAAUGGCAUUACCCUGGUGAGAUAAGGUUUUGUAAAAUAUGCUAUUUGCUUUUUGGGUGCCUGUAAUAAAAGACAAACAUGUAAACCUUUCUGUAAUUACUCUGCCUAUAAAUGGCUACAUCUAGCUGGUAGAAUGCACAUGUAAUGUUGUGUACCAUGAUAUUGAAUGUAUUUGAUAUUUUAUAACCUCUAUGUGCUAAAGGAUGAUUUGCAGUAGAUUACAAGUGACUGUACAGUGGAACUGUCUUCAUUAACCUAUUAACAUGAAAUUGAUCUGGCAAUAGCCAUUAAUUGACUGUAUUGUGUUCAGUGAAAAAAGUUACUCAACAUGUCUCAGUGCCAUAUAGUACUAUUGUGAUGUACAUUUUGUACAUAGUUUAACAAGCAAUCAAUACUAACUCAUGUACAGUUGUUUUCAGUGCAAUGUAUGGUUGUCUAUCCAACCUCACUUACAUGGAUAAAGUAGUACACUUUAUUACUUGAAUCGUGCUGCAUUACCUAAAUAUGUUUACAAGCACAUCUUUGGAAAUAUGUCAGUGUUGUAGUUUGGUUCAUCCUUUCAGUCAUGAGGUUUUACUUAAUGUCAACUAUACUGUACCAUGAAAUUAUGUUGCUUUUUUAUACUGUUUUUGCCUUAACGCGUUUGUCAACCCAAAUAAAGAUAAACAUUGUU